GAUUGAAUGUGCUCUAGAAAAUAAAAACCAAAGAAAUUAAAUGGUUAAAGAAAAACGAAUUAUUGAAGAUGAACCUCCAAUCGCAACAAUUGAAGGAUGGGAAGAUGGACAACCCUUUAAGCGGGGCAUUCAUAAACUAGACCGUUGGGCUUUACAGUCAGCAGAUACGCUAACUAUACAUAUUGGACCUCAUGAUAUUGUGUUAGUACAAGACCCCCAUUCAAAUUAUUUGGGUGGAUAUAUUUGGCUUACUUCAAUUGUCUUCUGUUCUUAUUUGGAAAGAUUAAGUUCCAAAAGAGAUAAAAGACACAGUUGGAUCAACGUAUUAGAUCAUGGAAAACGCUGGGUAGAGCUUGGUUCAGGAGUAGGAUUAAUUGGUAUCAUGUUACAUAAAUUAGGAAUUGAAGAUGUAACGAUUACAGAUAUUGGAGAACUAGUUGAACAAAUGGAGAAAAAUGUAGAAGCGAAUGGUAUUCAUGUUAAGUCUUUAACUGGUAGAAGAAAAAAUGAAUAUGAAGAUGGAACAAUUAUUGUAGAUCCCUUAUUAUGGAACAACCAAGAAGAGAUGGAUAGUAUUAAGAAUGCAGGAAAAGAGAUCGAUUAUAUAGUAGCCUGUGACUGCAUUUAUUCAGAAGCAAGUGCAAUAGAUUUAGUGAAAACAAUGGAGUAUUUAUCCAAUGAAAAUACAACGAUUAUUUGUAUAAGUGAAGUUAGAAAUCAAGCAGCUCAAGAUAAGUUUAUGUUAGAAGCUCAGGCAAGGUUUCAAGUCGAAUUAUUACCAGCUAUUCAAUGGCAAAAGAAGGUCAACCAUCAAGUUGAUUUUGAUGAAACAUUGAAUCUUUAUAGAUUACGUAAAUCAAAAAAGCAGCAUUCAAAACACGUCAAAAAAUAGCAUCUUAACAAAAGAGGAUCGUUUUUAUUUUCAUUAUACACUUUACUAUAUAUAAUAAAAAUUCAUCACUUGGACGUACUAAAUAAAUAUCAUGACUAUUAUAACAUUAUUUAUAUUCAUUUAGCAGUCUGCUGCAACGAUAGUAAGUAAAGCUUAUCAACUUGAUAUACAUAUAUCACUUAUAUUAUUGCAGAGAGAAUAGAAACUUCUCUUAUCGACAAUAUUCCAUUUAUAUUAUAA